UAUUACCAAUGAUCAAGUACAGUCAAUUUAUGUUGUGAUAUUAACGUUAUCUUCUGUAAAUGACCAAAGUUCGAGAAGUGCUUGAACAGAGAAGCACAAAAAAAAAUCUAUUGGUAUAAAGUAGAUAAAAUUUGUUUGAUUAAGUUCGUCAUAAUGAUUACGCAGUGUCUUCGUAUAAAUAGAAGAGAGAGCUCGUAGGAUUCAGUAUAAAUUCGAAUUCUGGGUAAAUGUGAUGAAUUCAAAGCAAAAGUGUAUAUAAAAUAUUAUUUAUUAUCGAGAAGUUUCUUAUUAAUUAUUUAUAAUUAUUAAUUGUCAUUAUCUGUUUGUUAAAUAAAAGUCGUCAUAUAUAAAGAAAUAUCUUUGUGAAAUAUUCUUAAUAAAAAUAUCACAUGCAGUGCAGUCUUUAUGAGAAUUGAAAUAUAAAUACUUGAAUGCUAUUGUAUAUUUACAAGAAGAAAAAAAGAAAUACAAAAGAAAUAAAUUUACAAUUUUAUAUAUAAUAUACAUAUAUAUAUAAUAUUUAUACAUAAUAUACAGAAUGUAUGAAGAUAAAAAAGUAAAAUAUAUAUCUACAGUGCAAAAUGAAGAAUUAGAAAAGUUUAUCGAUUGCACAAUGAACAUAAUCUUUAAAACUGCCUUAAUCGAAGAGAACAACAAAGACGUGUCUGCUGCGGCGAUGCCAGAAAACGCGCAAACGGAAUCCGUUGUGCCAAUGAUGUUCGACAACUUCGUGUUGAAACGGUGGCUUCGUUCUAUCGGACCAGUUCGCCGUUCUGAAGUGCUAAAAAAGCUGAAAACGGAUUUGGAAAAUCUAGGCUUAUCACGUAAACAGGUACACCGGGGGUUGAUGCAAUUAGCGACGAAACCACAUGUGGUCCUUACACGCCAACCACUCUACAGGAAAUGUGGAUUAAAAAAUUUAGAAAAUGAGAGAGAAAAUAAAAUUGUUGACAAUUAUAGAAUGAUCGAUGUACAAAAAUUAAAAAAUAUUGAAUGGAUUGUUGAACAAAAGGAUAAACAUAUCAAAAGAACGAAUAGCGUAAAAGCAUAUGAAGAUUCAUUAAUAAAAAAUAAUCGACAAUUAUUUAUAGACGGUUGUAAGGUAGAAAUUCCAUUAACAACAUUCCAUUCCUUUGAUAAGGCUUUAGAACAAUUUGACAAACUUGUUUCUUCAAAAAUGAACAUGCACGAAAAGUUGUCUAAUAGACGAGCUUCUGUUAUUGUAUCGACGGAUUCUGUAAUUAAGUCGCAAAAUAACAUAUUUUCGAGUAAAAAAUCUAAUAAAAAUGAAAACCAUCUUACAUAUAUUGAAGAUAAAAAUUUUCGAAUACAAAAAAUUUCUAAUUUAAUAUCUGAUAAAAUAGAUAGAGUACCUGCUACUAAAAAGAUUGAUAUAAAAUUAAAUUUAAAAUCCUUUUCUGAUAAAAAAGAAAAUAAUUGUAUAAAAUCAGAAUCUUAUAAAGUAUUAAAUACUUAUUAUAUAAAAUCGCAUAUUAAUAAAAAAUUAUGUGAUGAAAAGAAAACUAUGGAUAUUGAAAUAAAUAAUAUAUCAAGCAAAAAUAAAUAUUCGAAAAAAGAAACGAUAAAUUAUAAGAUCGAAGAAAAUGUAAAAAAAAGAACAGUUUAUGAACCGGUAACUUCAGAUUCUACACAACGAAAAAAGAUUCGUACAUCAAUUGAUGAACAUAAAGAAAUCAAUAGAAAAAAAAGAAAAAAAUUAAAAAAUAAGUUUCGAGCAUAUUUCGGAGAAUGUAUAACUAUUAGUGAAGAUGAACAAGAACAAACUAUUUUACAAAACAGAUUUAAAAGAAGAAGAAAAAAAGAUUCUACUGAUUCUAGUGAUUCUGGUGUGUAUAUUGCUGAUAAAAGUACGCCUAUACAUAUUAUAAAAGAUAUUCAAAAAACUAUAUCUAAUUCACUAAUUUGUAAAAAAUUUAACGAAAAUUUAUCUAAGGAAACUAUUAUAAAUACCAAUAUAGACUAUGAAUCAAAAAUCACUGACAAUGAAAAUACUAAAACUAUUGAUUUAAUUGAAAAUAAAAAAGUAUCAAAAAUCAAACAAGAUAUAUAUGGAAAAAUCAUUGCAAAUGUUAAUACAAAUAAUAAAUCAGAUAAAAAAGAAUCGAAAGUCAGGCAAGUUAUAUUUGCAGAAACUAUUGCAAAUACUAAUAUAAAUAAUAAAUCAAAAGAAAUUAUUGAUAACAAAAAUACUAAAACUAUUGAUUUAGUUGAAGAUAGAAAAGAAUUAAAAUUCAGACAAGAUAUAUUUACAGAAACUAUUGCAAAUUUGAAGGUAAAAAAGGAUUGA